CACACAGACGGCAGGAUGCGUUAGGUAACAGUCUGAGGACUUUCUGUAAAAAUCUGUAAAGGCAGCGGCGAAUAGCAGGAGUUGGACCUAAAGAGCGAAUGCAGAGCUUGAUAUUAUAUUGUAAAACCUUUACAGCAGGAUAAACCACGUGAGGAAGACUAACACUGGCCUAACGGAACAGCUACUUGCUAUACCGGUUCUACGGAGGUCGGUGCGCGAGGCUUUUUUGCAUUACAGGUUAACCAAAAUGGCUCAGGGGAUUCUUGAAGAGGUUCUGAUGAAUACUGCACUGGUAGAGGACUUGGCAGAGGUUGCAAAAGAUGAAGCACUUUUGCAGGGUGUCGUAAUGAGAACUCGAGAGACCCCUAACUCAUCAGAGCUGGUGACCUACGCUCCACUCACACUGUUCCCCACAUCGGUUCCUAAAGCUGUGUUCCUCCAGGCUCUGGCAGUGCAGACCCACUAUAAUACACUGGUGGAUAGAAUCAGCCAGGAUUCAGACUUUCUGAAAGAGGCUCUUGCGAGCACUAUCGAAGUGGAUGACUUCACUGCAAGGUUGUUCAGGAUCUACCAACAGAUCCUGAAAGAAGGACGGUCUCAGUCCAUUGUGUUGGGUCUUAAUCGGUCUGAUUACAUGCUGGACCAGAGAGAUGAUGGGACAUCCUCACUGAAACAGAUUGAGAUCAACACCAUCGCUGCUAGUUUUGGGGGUCUAUCCUCACGUACGCCUGAUGUACACCGACAUGUUCUAAAGGUGGCUGGUCGAUUUGAGGAGAGCCAGCGCAUUCUAGACAACAACCCUGCAGCUGGUCUGGCCCAGGGUAUCGCCAAAGCCUGGGAGCUUUAUGGAUCAGAGAGAGCAGUGGUUGUAUUCUUGGUGGAAGAGAACCAACAGAACAUCUUUGAUCACAGAUACGUCGAGAAAGAACUGUGGAAGAGGAAUAUCCGCUCAAUACGAAGACGCUUUGAUGAUGUUUCUAGAACUGGGUCACUCGAUCAGGACAAGAGGCUCUUUAUUGAUGGCCUAGAGGUUGCAGUGGUUUACUUCCGGAAUGGGUACAUGCCUCAGAACUACACGACUGAAAAGAGCUGGGACGUUCGCCUGAUGAUGGAGCGCUCUCAGGCUGUGAAAUGUCCAGAUAUCAGCACUCAUCUGGCAGGAACCAAGAAAGUCCAGCAGGUCCUGGCCAGGCCUGGUGUUCUGGAGAAGUUCUUCCCUGACCAGCCUCAGGCGGUGGAGCUGAUCCGAGCAACAUUCGCAGGCCUCUACACUUUAGACAUGGGUCCAGAAGGAGACAAGACGGUGGCAAUGGCAUUAGCAGAACCAGACCGAUUUGUCCUGAAGCCUCAACGAGAAGGAGGAGGUAACAACAUCUACGGGUCAGAGAUCUGCCAGGUUCUGGAGGCAGUGAAGGACAGCACAGAGAGGACAGCCUACAUUCUGAUGGAUAAAAUCCACCCUGCCCCCGUUCACAACUACCUGCUGAGACGAGACGCUCCCCUCAAAAUGAGCACCUGCCUCAGUGAGCUGGGAGUGUUCGGAGCAUAUGUCAGACGGGGUGAAGACAUGGUGAUGAAUGAAUGUGUGGGUCACCUGCUGAGGACCAAAAGUUCAGAACACUCAGACGGAGGCGUAGCGGCAGGAGUGGCCGUGCUGGACAAUCCUCUCCUCAUCUGAGAACUUUAACUCCCACUCCAUACUGUUCAACUGCGAAGAAAUGUGAAAUGAAAUCUGCAUUUUAUUCCAUGUAACAUUUGAUGCUGCAGACAAAUCCACACUAACAGAAUGUGGGUCUCACAUGUCAAGACUGAAGCUGUUAGUGAGUCUGCUUACUGACCAUCAAACUCCAUUAACUGGGAGCAGUCGGAUAAAUGUAAUAAUGGGAUCUGACGUGUUUAUUAUCAGGUUUCUUUCAGAGUACUAAGUGAGUAGUAACGGUCGACUUCCUGUUAUUGUCUUUGAGGGUCACGUCUGUCAUCAGCUGUUGACUUCAUGUCUGUUCAGAAAGGCUGCAGUUCUCUGAGGUUUCCUUCACACUGCGAGCAAAAGGAGACCAAAUCUGAUCCUUUUGCUCAUGUGUCGUGACAAUGGGCCUGUUUACAUGACCAAUAAAAGUCCAAUAACUGGGAAUAAUCAGAUAGUUGUAAGAAUCAAAUCUAACGCGUUUACGUGCACU